GUUUACUUUGUCCUGUCGAAUUGGUUAGGUUAUGUCGCAAUGGCAGGUGUAAGUAAUAGUAUGAAAAAUCAUAAUGCUAACGAAUAUGUCAAUGUAAAACUUCCAACUAUUUCUGAGCUAACUUAGGAAUAAUAUGGCAGGAUCCACUAAUUAAUAUUAUUUCAAACACAAUCAUAUUAAAAGUUCCAGAAAAGGAUAUUAAUUAUUUUCGUGCAUUUGAAAUGUUUUUUUCUCUAAUAAUGUUAUUUGUAGCCAUCAGCCAGAGGUUACAAAGGGCCCUCGUAGAGAAUUAUUGUAAAAUAUGUCAAGAAUUAUAAAAAGCUAUAAUUUUGGAAUUAAUUCCCCCCUCCCUCCUUCUACCCUCUUGCUCAUCCACCCGUGGUUACUUCAUAAAAAUAUUUAUUUUUUAGUUCUUAAGUAGUUUUUAAAGAAAGUGAUGCAUAAGGGGGAAAAAUCCGAAAAUGCAUUUUUUUUUUUAGUACACGAUAUAUAUUCUAAUGAUACUGUAAAAGGGCAUUGCAAUAUUUAUAGUGGAUUACUUUUAUGUUAACGUCCCCACAUGGGCAAUGUAUUUACAUAAUGUGUUUAAAAUUUCACGAAUUGUGCAUUUCCUGCUUAUAAUUUACGUUUUCUGCUCAUAAAAUUCAAUUAAAAAAACCUAAAAAUUGUUACUAUUCCAACACUUAUCACAUCUGUGAAGUUUAACAGAAUAAACAAUUCACUUUACACUUUAAAUUCAGUUUUGUUUACAACCACUGCUAUCCCAUAAAUAUAAUUUUAUGUGGGGGAAAAAAUGGUAGUGCUCCAAAAUCCAGUGUAUUUAAUAGAUCAAAGGUACAUACAUUUGCAGUAGCAAGUCUGUUAGCACCUUCUUGGAAAACAAAAUAACAAAUCCUUGUGUUACUUGCCAUUGUGGUGUGUUAUCAGAUGUAAGUACUUAGUUCUGCAAUAUUUAUGUUGCUAACUGCUCCAUCAUGGCUCAAAAAAAAAAUUAGCUUUUUAUAUUGCUUAUAAAGCUGAAUUUUUUUCAUUCAUAGGCCUAGGUUUUCACAAAAAACACAUGUUUAAGUGGCAAAGGAAUUGGACAUAGGCAUAUCCAUUCUAAAUGCCAUCUUCGCAAAUCAUGAGACAGGGCAUGCAAGUAAUGUAUGCAAAAAAAAUAAUUUUUUUACUACACUUGAUUCGCUGACAAACAAAUUUUCUCCUGUUUCGUGCGAAGGUGACUUUAGCGGAGUCUCUUGCACUGCCUAUAAUUAACGAUUGUGAUGUGAUGCAUGAUAAUUUAACAUAAAAUCUGGCAUCAAUGUUGCAAAGGAUCCAGAAUACAAGUUUAAGGUUGAUUUUUAACUUGAAGUCUCGUGAUCAUGUGUCACUUAUUAUGACCAGCAUGGUUGGUUACGACUUCAUGGACUGAUUUUAAAUCGCUUAACAUUUGUUUAUAGAAUUUUUAAAAAUUCUAGCCCAGAGUGCAACUGACUGGUCUCGUUAAGUGAUACCCACUGUUUUAAUACUCUCUCGAAACUGCACCUCAAACUUUGUAUUCCCACCCACAAGAUGUGAUAUUAUUCCAAAUCCUUCAUUGUUUCUGCAGCACGCGACUGGAACAGUCUCCCUGCUGAGUUGUAAGGCUCAGAAACACUCUACAAGUUCAAACUUGAGAUGGCAAUAUUCUUUGUUCAAUGUUGUCAAAGUUUCACAACCACAGCCGCUUAUGUGCAUGUGUAAUAUUUGUAACCUCAUAUCUAUUUGCUGCAUUCCUGUUUUAAGAUCUUUUAAUUUUUAAUGCUAUUGUUUAUUUAUGUUCUUCAGUAGUGCAAAAGUAUGGAUUUUAGUUCUUAAGCUAUUAGUUUAUGUUAGUUUAGUAUCUAUUAUAAGUUUAUGAAGUAUGAUUUUUUAUGUAUGUAGUUGUGUAGUAGGUACUGUGGUUAAGUGUAAGAGAAAGCUAAACACCUUAACUUUGCUAAAGUGUUACCCAAGUACAAAAUUACAUGCAAAAUGUUUUAAAAUACUUAUGGUGUAGUCAUUUAGCAAAAGGAAUUAAAAAUACUUAUACCAGUAUCCAAAUUUUGGUGCAAAAAACUUAGAGCAGAAAGUGUUGCAGAAUGAUGGUUGACAGAUGGAUAGUUUGGUAGGUACAUCUCUUAUUUAAAGAAAGAAUAUAACAAUUCUAUUCUUCUAGAAACCACUUGGCAGUAACCAUUGCAUUGCAGUUUAUGCAAGAAAUGGGCUUGAAGUUAUACAUGUCAUGUAUAGGGACAAAGGAAAAUCUUUUUUUGCAGUCUCAAUCUGUAAUGGUAUCUCUUUAAAAAUAACUUUAUCAUAACAGACAAAAUAUAGUCUUCAUAUGUUUUUAUUAUUGUUGGGCUGAUUCCAAUUCUCUAAUUGGCCAAAUCCAUUGAUUUUAAUGGGAUGCUAGGAUUCAGAAACCAAUGUUUUUUGUAAACACAGCUGGUCGAUUAUUUCCCUGAAAUAAAAACCUCUAAAUUAUACAUUUAUAGUAAUAAGGCCAUCAUAGUCAAUUUUUCGAUACUUUCAAAUAACAUUUCAUGCAGACUAAACUAGUUUCGCUAUUAAAAAGGAUUUUCAGUACGUAGUAGUUUGAUAAGUUAUCUUGAAGAGUAUGUAAUGUGAUAAAGAGUCCGAAAUUAAAAAUAAAUUAAAAUUGGAUUUCCAUUUAUUUCUUCAAUAAACCCACCUCUAUUUUUUUAUGUGUAGAGAAUUGUCUACCUAUUUAUAUGCAUUAGGUUACCAAAUUAUAGAUUUUUUUUGUGUGUGGGAGGGGAUAGUUAUUCCCCUUCAUCGUGAGUUAAGUAAACUGUGUAACAGUGCACCAAACAUUAUUGUUUUUUAUUAGUCACAAAGAUUGUUGAAUCUGAUCUUAAGUAUUUGUUGGGCAGUGUUAGAGGCUGGGGAAAAAAGUGAUUUUUUUUCUCCAAAUUUGUCAUUUUCAUGCCAGAAAAUAUUUUAAAGUACCUAUGUAAAAUGUGACGUACCUUGAAUUGGCGUAUCGGGUGAGUGAACCUGUGCUGUCCACGUGAAGGGAAAAUGUUUCCCUUGUCAGCUGGAAUGAGAGACGCGGAGCUGUGCUUGUUUCCCAUCGUUGCAGGUGAGCCUCGCCGAUGUUCUGCGUCUCGGCAGGGACCUGGGCGUGAAGCUAGAGCCGGAGGAGGUGGAGGAGGAGGAGGGCAACGUUGGAACUGAGGAUGACGCGAGAACUGGUCAGGAUCAGUGUGAUAGCAGCGAAUGUCUGGGCGAAGUUGAUAGCGAUGUCAGGAGAGGUGAUGUUAACAUUCGUGAUUUACCGAUCAGUCGCUGCGUGGCCGGGAUUUGUGCGCAGGGAGUCGGCAGAGUGCAGCGCCGGGCCGGGGCGUGACGGCAGCUGCAGCGACCGCGACACCUCGGCGGACUCCACUAACUACUUUGCAGAUGCAGAGACGGCCGAGUGGUUCCAGUCGCUGGCGGCGCAAGCGACCGUCCUGGCCGUCGAGCACGAGAAGAUGGCGGAGAUGCUGGGGCUCCAGAGGCAGUUCGACCUGCAGGAGUCGAGGCUCAGGAGCGAGCUGGAGUCGUGCCGCAGGGACCGGCUGACGACCCGGCGGUGGAGGGACCAGCUGCUGCGAGACAAGCUGGCGGAGGUCGAGGCCGCCACGUCCGAGAUGAAGCAGCUCGUCUCCCAGCUGGACGAGGCGAGCCCGUGCUGGAGGAACAAAGUGCGCUUCGCAGAGAUGUUCUGAGAGUACUCGGUAGUCUCCUAGAGUAGCCACACGAUAACAACAGGUAUUGGAAAUGGUGUUCGUAUUUUUAUUGCAGCUAACCUAUCAACAAGCCGUUCAAACGGUACACUACCGUUAAAGUACACGUACUUUAAAUAUCACGAUGCCUUUUUUGCAGGAUCACGAAAUUAUAAUAUGUUGAACUCAAAAUAACAUUUUUCAGAAUUUUUAUCUACAUUUUUCUUUCAGAAGAGCACCUACUCUAGAAAAUUACUCUGUACACUUUACGAAACUGUUUUUCGCGCAUGCGUUGUAGGGUUGAACAUAAUUUACAAGAAUAAGACUGAAUGCUAUUUUAUGAUGUUUACGAAUAAAAUAAAAUGUCUAAAAGUAAUUUAAAUUGAAAAAAGUGUGGAAAAAUUGACACCACCAUUUCGCACACCUGUCUCCUGUCCUUUAUUUUACCAAAAUGAUUCUCAAAUAUGCAGAAGUGUUACAAACACACUAUGAAAUACAUACUGAAAAUAAACUUUCAAAAAUUACUUUUAAACGCAAUAAAAUA